UUAUUUACCUGGCUAACAAUUAGCUGUUAGCUUAGCUUUAGCCGUGUAUAAGCUUAGCUUUAUCUGUGUGUAAGCUAACCUUUACCUGGCUUACAGCUAGCUUAGCUUUAGCUGUUUGUAAGCCAACCUUUGCUUGGCUAGUAGUUAGCUGUUAGUUUAGCUUUAUCCGUGUGUAAACCAACCUUUACCUGGCUAGCAGUUAGCUUUUAGCUUAGCUUUAGCCAUGUGUAAGCUAACCUUUACCUGGCUAGCUGUUAGCUUAGUUUUAGCCAUGUUUAAGUUAACCUUUACCUGGCUACCUGUUAGCUUUAGCCGUGUGUAAGCUAACCAUAACCAGGCUAGCUGUUAGCUUUAGCCGUGUGUAAGCUAACCAUAACCAGACUAGCUGUUAGUCAAAGCAAAGUUUAUUUCUAAAGCACUUUUGUUGAACCAGAGAGCUGAAGAGAAGAAUAAAAUACACUUAAUACAUGAAAACAGCGAUAGAAUAAAAAGAACAAAAGACACAUAAAAGAAGAUGGUGAAGAAGAGAUAAAGGAUAAAAGCCAAGGUUACUUUUCUAUCUAUGAUUGGACGCCAAAGAAAAAAGGUUUAGGAUGGAUUUCAGACGUGUGUUAAAGGGCUCAGUGCUCAGCAGCUCUAACCUGGACCAGAUAAACAGGACGGUGCCAUUUAAACAUUUAAACAGUGAAUAAAACUUUAAGCUGUGAGGACAGGAUUGACGUGGACACAUCUUUUCUGUCCAGGCAGCUGCAUGUUGAGCAUCAACGGACACAGUGACCAGAUCAGACCAGCACACGGGCGGCGGCUUUAGUCCAGGAACAAACCAAUGAACAGACUUCUCAAGUCUUUUAGGGGAGAUGAGUCUUAACUUCGCCUGGAACCAUAACUGGAAAAGCUGUUUUUUUUGGUUCUUCCUGUAGCUCUUGUGUGUUUGUCAAGCUGAAGGUCAGUGUCCACCAUGACACUUCAGGGACCAUAAGGAAAGGAGGAGAGGGCCCAGAACAGAACCAUGAGGCACCCCACAGCUCUGAGGGGAACUGGCCUAGACAGAACCUGUCUAUGGGGUAGGACUCGUACCACUUAAAACCGUAGGCUGGAUGGUUAGCUUAGCAACAGCCAUCCGUAACUCAUAUUUUAUCUGGCGAAGAGUUAGCUUAGCAGGACAAGGGGCGGAGUCAGCAGCAGACCACCAAUCAUAGUCAGUGAAGAGAUGAGGAAGUUACAGACGUGGUUUAUAACAAUGAUUUAUUGAUUUAGUUCUGUCCAGUUGAGACAAACGAGACUCGUCAACGUUAACCACGUUUUUAUCUGAUGCUCAGAACACGAUUUGACCCUCGGCCCCACCCGUAGUUUAGGAACCACAUGGUUCUAAAGAACGGGGACGUCUCAUGUUGGUUCUAGAGGACGGAUAUAGAAACCCUGAUUCUUCCGAGUUCAAUCCUGAUUCUUCUCGUUCCGACCAACCACUCCAUGAACUGAAGCAACGUAAAAACAACACAUGACGUCAGACGUGUUUACGUUUAUGUCACAUUCGCCGCAGUGCGCGCCCGUGGCGCAUGUGCACACGCAGCUUCAAGGUAAAUAAAAUGGUUCCUUAUUGUCGUGAUCCAGACCCGGACCGGACCGGGUUUGGUUAGUAUAACAACCACCACCAACAACAAUAAUAAUAAUAAUAAUAAUAAUAAUAAUAAAGUUAGGGUCGGGGUCCACGGUGCUCCCCUCGUCUCUGUCCGGGCGGAAACAACAUGGCGUCCUUAGAACAUUUCAACAGAACAUGGCGGCCGGAGGAACGGAACCGUCCCGACUCACAAACGGAGUCUAGUUUAAUCCAAAACCAGCACGAACCGGUACAAACCAGCUCCUUUUACCGCUGACAGUUCCGUUCCAAUUUACCGGGUAUCUCCACCUGUCUGACUGAACCGGGCCGUCAGUCGUCGGUACCGGACAGAGCCUGAAACCAUCCGGUCACCGGUCUGACAAAGAGCCCAGGCCGGAGCUCUGAUGACGGAUCCUCCGGUGCUGGAGCUCCGGGACACGAGAAUAUCGGGACACAAAAACGCCGAGAGACCGGGACGUGUUUGAACCAGGUGGCGGCAGGAAGAUGGCUUCUGCGGCUGCGCAGUAGCGCGGAGGACGGUUCGGGCUGUGACGUCACGGACGCCGCAUGCUGUUUCGCCUCGCUUAGAAAUGGUCCUCUGUGAAGACCGACCGACGGAAACACCGACGAUAACCGGCGGAUUCUUGCGUUAACGUGGAAACGGUCGGUUCGUCCAUGCGGGAAGAAGGUAAUGCUGCACCGGUGGCACAUGCGCAGAUCGACGCUGCGGAGGUUUUAGUUGGCGGCCAUUUCUGAGCUCAUCCUGAGGCCUGGUGUUAGCUAGCAGCUAGAUUCAGACUCAACACAUCCAGGUCCAGUUCAGUACCUUUAAUCUGAAGGAAGACCUGUCCAUGUCCACGUCCACGUCCACCAGAGACACUGGAUGCUGUAGGGGGGGCAAUGUGAACCACAUGUAUAAAAAGCAGGACCUUCCUGGGACCUGUGGUUUCCAUGGCAGCGCUGAUGAAGGAAAGAGGAAUGGUGUUCCAUCAGGACGGAGCCACCACCUCGACAGCUGUACGUACCGUCAACCAUCCGGCCCCAUGCUUCGCUACGAGACCAGGGAAGGCCAGCGAAAGGAUGGAACAAAGUGAGGGGGCAAACAUUAGGAAUAAACCCAUUAUGUGCCCUAUGGAGGCCAUGAGGAGGACUGGUGGACUGCAGCAUCCUGCCAGGUCCACCCCUCCAUCAGAGAACCUUUCACCUGAUAACAACUGUAAAGGCAUCAAGGUAACGCUGGACAACAACAGCAUGUGGAAUGAGUUCUACAGAUGCAGGACAGAGAUGAUUCUGACCAACCAAGGUUGCAGGAUGUUCCCCUACUGCCGCUUCCACAUCUCUGGUUUGCAGCCAUCCAGGAAGUACUCUCUGAUCAUGGACAUCCAACCUAUAGACAAUAAUAUUUACAAGUGGACUGGGAAGAGCUGGAAAGUUGCUGGAAAAGCAGAGUUUCACACAAAGAGUCAACCCUUUUCUCAUCCAGAGUCCCCAGCGACAGGUCAACACUGGAUGCAGAGUCCAGUGUCAUUUUAUAGACUGAAGCUCACCAACAACAUCACAGACCAAGAAGGAAACACCGUCCUCCGGCCAAUGCACUGCUACUUACCACGGCUGCACGUGGUCCAGACCGACAAAGCUGCUAAAGACAUAAAUCUGAAUGGUCCUAGUGUUGUCACGUUCACCUUCCCUCAAACUGAGUUUAUUGCAGUCACUGCUUACCACAACACUAGGUUUGCUCAGCUGAAAGUCGACUACAACCCCUUCUCUAAAGGACUGAAAGAGGACGGGUCCACUGCACAGGGCCUGAAGCUCAAACCCCAUUUUGGUAAAGCGUUACACAAAGACAGAGGUAGUACAACCACUGAGCAGCAUCCAGUGAAGAAGAGCCUGAAGUCUUUCCUCGCAAACCAUAAACCUCGAAGUUCAAAAGCAGUGGACUCUAAACCUCCGGCACCAGAGGAGAAACACCACACUACAAGUGAAGAUCAGUCAGCUGCCAAAGACCCUGUGGAGAGUCAAUGCAGUAACCCUCGUCCAGCUCAGAAGUUAAUUUCAGAACUUAUUCGUGAGGCUCACGUUUCCUUGCAGAGAUGUAACCUGGAGCAACUGGCCGCCAGUCACACUAAGACUGAAGCCAUGAAAAGUAAAGGACAGGAUGUCAUUUACAAGGACGGUGUAUCUGUAAAGGAGGAAAAACUGCAGCAUUUGAAUUCAUUGAACUUUACAAACAAAGACCGCACAGAUUGCUCUGGAGCUGCUGCUCCUCCAAGUUCCCAGAACUCUUCAGAAGACUCAGACCAGUGUAAUCCUGACACUCCAUCAUCAUCUUCAGCAAAGCAGCACAGACGACCGGCUCGCCUGCCGCUGCCAGCACUCGCUCUUUUUCUGAAGCAGCAUUCAGCAAAAUCUAAACUAAAUAAGAGCAAACAGGACUCUCCUCCAGUGGUGCCACCACUGGAACCUCUGGGUGAAUCCCACGGUUCUUCUGACCACACCCCCAAUGAAAUCAGUCUGUUGAGAGAUCUCAGUGUUACAAAGCCUGAUUCCAGGGCCUCCGGACCUGCUGGUGCAGACCUUCAUCCAGACAAAGUGUUCUCGAGUGAUUCUGAACAAACGGUUGAAACAGCUCAUCAACCUUCCAGUACUUCAGGUCCAGGUCCAGGUCCAGGUUCAGGUGCUGCUACAUAUUCCGUUGAAUCAAGAACUGACGAUCAUUUAGCCAAUGUUUCCGAAGGCCCGGUCCAAGAGUCAAACCCCCCCGCCGGUGCACCAGUGUUACCCAACUCAGAUCUGCCAGUUUGUACCCUCGGAGUAUCUACAUCCACCAGUUCUACACUACUUGCUACCUCUUCUGCGUCUCCAUCUUCGUCCCCGCACCUUGACACAGUGUUAACUGCCCCAAACUUGCCACAAACACCUACCGUGUCUUCCACACUACCUUCAGACUCCCCCACCCUAAAGCCUGACUCUUUACUUCCAGACCCAGAGUGUUCCUCUUUGGCUUUUGAGCCUUUGUCACCGGCGAGUUCUCCAGAGCCUUUACCCCCCCUGCCGGCAUCAUUAGUCUUAGAACUGAACUCCACGGUCCCUGGAGCUGCUUGUAAAGAUGAACCUCCCGAAGAUUUGGUCCACAACGAAGACCCAUCUGUGUUUACAUGGCACACAGUGUUACCUCCACCUGAGCCUCACGUAGACUGUUCAUUCACAACAUUUCACACCAACCCUUUAACGCCGUUGCCUUCACAGACUCGUCAAACUGAACCACAGAGUCUCAACACCUCUACAUCCACCUCUCAUCUGCCUCCUUCAUUUCAAGAGAACGAACAGUCACUUCCUUUCCCGGCGGAGCUCUCCCCUCUUGCCCUUCAGCUGCCUCUGUCUCCGACCUUCUCGUCAUUGGAUGGAGACGCCCUGUCACCAACGCCUUCGAUUGCCGACCUCGUUCAGUUUUUUUCCACCGGUGACAACCUUGGGAUUGGGGUGGACUUUUCAAACACAGAGAUGGUGGCUGUGUCCUGCCCACCCCCACCUUCACUAGAACCACAUGAGCCUUCUCAGCCGGUGCAGCUAGUCCCUGCAAACAAAACUGGCAAACGCAAGAAGUCCCGGCGGCGAAAGCGAGCAAAGACUGUUACGGAACAGAAGCUGGAUGACUCCACAUACAUAAGAAUGCAGCCUAACCUGGAGGAAGUGGAGGAGCAGCUGUUCAUCUCCUUCACGUCAAAGGAGGCGCUCAAACUUCACAUCGUGGAUUCGACUGACGCACCGGUCCCUCCGACGAUACCAGACGGUCAACAACCAGCUGCUGCUGCUCAAGAGGACGCAGAGAGUCUGGAGGAGAAGAUCACGACCUUCCAGAGGAUUCUACUGAGAGAUUUGAAGCUGCUGAAGCACAGACAGGUCAUCCACCCGGUACUUCAGGAAGUUGGUCUGAAGAUGACCCUCCUGGAUCCGAGCCUGAGCAUCGACCUGAAGUACCUGGGUGUCCGUAUGCCGAUCCCUCCUCCUGGAGCCGGCGUGGUGCCUCUGGCCCAAGAACUGCCCCCGUCCCAGGGUGUUUCUGCUGCGUUUGUGUCCAGAACAGGAAAAACAACAGAUGUGACUCAGAUUAAAGGCUGGAGAGAUAAAUUCAGUCCGUCAGAGACUCCGCCUUCGUCCUCCAGACCUGAGGAGGCUUCACAAGCCGGUCCCAGCUCAGACCCCCCCCAGAAGAAGAACCUGUCGGCGUUCUGCAGCGACAUGCUGGACCAGUAUCUGGAGAACGAGGGGAAGCUGAUAGAUGAGCGAGCCGCCAGCUUCUCCCAGCCUCCCGUGGACCCCCCGGUCUACCAGCUCCCCACCAGGAGCACCAGCUACGUACGGACCCUGGACCACGUCCUGAAGAAACAGACCACCGCCCCCCCCGACACAGACCUCAUCUCUGGCUUUGUCCCCCCUUCCAAGAGACCCCGACUCAAGGAGACCAAACCCCGCCGGACGGAGAAGAAGCAGAGAGGUCCCAGACAGACUAGACCCCGUCCAGAACCUCCAGCUGAUCUGGGAUCUGAACCUCUCCACACCCCAGAACAAACCCCCACCCCCAACAAGAGGAGGAAGCUCAAACCCAGGAACUUGUCCCAGACCCUCAGCCCCCCCAGGACCAUGGAUCCAGUGCUGUCUGACCUGGCUCCACUGGAGUCGGACUCUGAACUUGUUCUGACCAGUGGCCAGAACCAGACAGGCCGGCCCCCCUUGACCCGGGCCCUGCUAAGACAGAGGGACCUGGAGGAUGCUGUAGUGUGGGAGGGCCGGGACCGGACCUCCAUUACCGAGGAGAGGGCCACCAUCGCCCUGAAGUCCCUGUUCACUCUGACGGGUUUUGUGACUGAGAACCCUACUGCUCCGAUCCAGUUGGCCCGGAGGCGCCCCCCUCGUUGUCUGAACCAGUUCUGCCGGCUCGGUUGUGUUUGCUCCAGUCUGUCCCGGUCCUCCAGGGUGAGUCACUGUGGUCGUCUCGGCUGCAUGUUCGGCUGCAGCUGCCUCAAACAGAAAGUGGUCCUCCUGAAGAACCUGGACGGGUCCGACGGCAGCCCCCCCUCCCUGCAUGGGCACAAGAAGAGGAGGAGGAGGAGGAGGAUGAAGAUGGCCUACGUCCUGAAGGAGGCCGACAGCGUCUCCCAGCCUGCUGAGCGGGUCCGGACUCUGUGGAGGAGGGACGGUGGAGACUCAGAUCCAGAACCAGUCCAUGUUCCGAGAGAGGCCCGGUCCAGUCCUGAAGAGACCGUCCUUGACAAACCAGAGGAGCUGGUUCAGUCCAGAGCGUUGGACCAUUGGACCAGAGAGGAACUGGGCGGCUGUGCCAGAGUCCGAGGCUUCAGGGGCAAGGUCCAGAACCACAAGGAGGUCAAAGAGGUGAAGUCUAGAGCCGCUGGUCUGACACCCCAGAAAAAGAGAAUUCCAACCUCAAAGGAGAGCAGAACCAGAACCUCCAGUCCUCCUCCAGGUAAACUGGGCCAGACUGCGUCUCCCGCUCCUCCGGCUCCAAAGCCGUCCAAGCGUCUCUUCAUCUUGGCCGAAUGUAAGUGGGCCAGCGACGGCGACCGGAACCUUGUCCUGAAGAAGCUGUGUGAGGCCAUGGCCCAGGACCGGUUGGACCAGCCCUUCUGGAUCAGGAAGUACCUGAUCCAACCCGUCAGCCGGACCGUGGUGGAGAGCGGCACCGACCACUGCAUCCAGUACAAGGUCCACAUCUCCAGACCCAAAGUGGAGCAAGAAACAGAAGUGGCGCGAAACCAGGGAGGUCCAGGAACACAGCGGGAGGUGGAGGAGGAGGAGGCGCGGCCUCCAGAAGAUUGGCAGCGGGAGGUGGAGGAGGACAUCGAGGAAGAGGAGGAGGAGAUGGAGAUGAAGAAGACGGUCAUGGCUCUGCCUUUCCUCAUGGGCAUCUCACCCGCCGGCUUCCUGUCAGCCACCAGGAAGCAACCAGACGGAACAGACCAGCUGGUCCAGGUCAACGGGAAGCUCUAUCCACUGGCAAGGAUCCAGUUGGGGAGGAUGGGGGCGCUGCACCCAGCAAACCGGCUGGCUGCUUACCUCACUGGACGGGUACUAUUCAACAGACCUCCUCCUGCUCCACGUCCAGGGCCCCCGCAUACUGUGCCCUCAGCUCCCACCACAGCCCCGUCCACACCAGACCCUGUCCCAGACUCCACUAAAGGUCCAGAUCCUCAUAAGUCUUCUCAGAAGUUGCUUGUGACCUGUCCGGCCCCCCCCCUGCCGCUGGGCCCCAUGUCCACUCAGAGUCCGGUCUUCCAGUCGGUCCUACAGCCAGUCCAGACCACAUCAAGGCUCCGGUACUACCGGCGCCCGGAUGGUAAACUGUUCCAACUGAUCCCCAUCAGUCAGCUGGGGCCGGUCCCAGUGCUGCGACUCCCCCCCCCAGGACCUGCUGUCCUCUGUCCUCCGUCCGUCCCUGCCAAUCCACAGAUUCUGACCCCAGUCUCCUCCCAGCCCUCCACCUCCUACGCCUUCCUCCCACCCCCCGCCCCCCCAGCUCACCUCCUGUCCCUCAAACCCUCCACUGACCAGGGCGCCAAGCCGGGGGUCAAGAUGGUGACGGUGUGGGCAGCGCCCCCCCUAAUCCAAACCCCGUACCCCCACAGAACACCACCCUCAGUACCACCCCCCAAAGACAGUCUGGACCUGGUCUCUGCAGACCCCCCUGCUGCAGACCCCCCCAGUGACGGUCUGGACCUGGUCUGUGCAGACCCCCCCAGUGACGGUCUGGACCUGGUCUCUGCAGACCCUCCUGCUGCAGACCCCCCUGCUGCAGACCCCCCCAGUGACGGUCUGGACCUGGUCUCUGACCCGCUGGACCUGGAUGUCAUUUGUCUGGUGGACGAUCCAGUUGAAAACGUGGUGGAGCUGACGUCCAGCAGUGAGACAGAAAACUCAUCAGACACUGAGACGGACGAGGACCAGCCGGUCCACAGGAACCUGCGUCACAUGUUGCAGGAGAGGAGACGUCGGGGGGAGAUGCAGCAUCGGUUCAAAGCUCUAAGGAGACAACUGGACCUGAGCGGAGAGUCUAAGCUCAGCACGUUGGACACGGCCGUGAAUGUGAUCUCCAGGCUGAAGAAGACAGAGACAGAGCUGAGGAUGACGAAGACAGAGCUGAGGAAGAGGAGGGACCAGUACCUGGAGACCAUUCUUUCAUCAGCAGCUGGUUGGACCAUGAAUGACUCAUCGACGUCUUUUUGUCGUCGCCGUGACGACACCAUCGAGAUCUCAUCUGAUGAAGACACAAUCACAGAGGAACCUCCACCUGUAGUGGGCGGGGCCUCACAUCCUCCUCCUUCUGUCCAGCUUCAGAAGGCCACGCCCACUCAUCCAGCAGUUUCCCACAAUGCACCUGUGUCCAGGGAGCGGCCCAGGACGGUUCCCAACAUCCUGUCACGCAGCAGGAAGCGUCCUGAGACCAGCACCAGGACCCCAGAGGGUGAGACCAGGACCAUGUCCAGCACCAGGACCCCAGAGGGUGAGACCAGGACCAGGACCCCAGAGGGUGAGACCAGGACCAUGUCCAGGACCAGGACCCCAGAGGCUGAGUCUCCGUCCUUUCAGGCUCUGGUUCCGGCCGAGGUUCUGUCUCUGGUUGGGACGCCGUUACCAAGGCAACCAUACCUGUCCCUGACCCCGCCCCCAGGUACCAACCCCCGCCUGGCUAUGGGCGUGGCCUCAGUGACCCUGAACCUCCCGACUCUGACCAAUCAGCAGCGCUGUCGCACCUCACCACCCCCUCCCAAAACAGACCAAGCGAGGGAUCAGAACCAGGACCAGCCUCUGUCCCAGCUGGGUUCAGGUCAAUCAGAAGACCGAGCCAGGAUGGAGAACCAGAACCUGACUUCCCUCCUCAACGAGAUCGUCUUCCUCAAUCAGCAGACGGUUACCAUGGCAACAGAGGCAGGACUCCCAUCAUCUUCUGAGGGGGCGGGGCUUAGCGGUCACAUGGGCACUGACGUACCACCGGGAUCAGCCAAUGGGAACGCUAAAGGAGGGGGAUUGGCUCCGCCCCCUCUGCUGCAGAUGAAGGUGGGUGGGGCCAAAGUAUGGGACCCCCCCACCAGUGAGGAGAUUGUGGGAGAGACGGGGGGGUCCUGGAGACCAAUGCCCAGGCUGGUUCCUCUGGGGCUCAAAGGAACUCCCCCCAGCUGACUGAUGAUGUCACACCUCAUUGGCUGUUUGCAGGUUCCCUGUGAUUGGUUCCUGAGAAAACGUUUGUUUACAUUUGAGAUUAAAGUGGGAACUAAUCAAACUGAGGCCGUUGUCAUGGCAACGAUGAUAAUGAUCUGUAAUCUAUAACUAAUGGUGAUGAUAAUGUUUCACAGCUUGACUUUAAUUAAAGUAGGAGAAAAUGUGUUUCCUGUCUCUGAUGAGUUUUUUUUUUGUUCCAUCGUCAGGAAAUUAAAAGAAGCCGUGAGAUGUUCAAGGAAACGUGUUUUUCUUAGAUUUGUAUUUUUGUACAUGUGUAAAAGUUCAAUAAAGUUAAAAAACAA